AUGUCUUACACUGAAUUUUAUCCGUCAUUGUUGAAGAAAGGGUUAGUUGUUCCAAGACCUUUGGGACCUCCACCAGAUCCUAUCCCACCAUAUUACAAUCCCAAUGCAUAUUAUCCAUUCCAUGAAGGCGCACCAGGGCAUGAUUUGGAAGAUUGUUAUGCCUUAAAUCAUAUUGUGAGGGAAUUGAUUGAGAAAAAGAUUCUUUCAUUUGGGGAUACUGGUCCGAAUGUCAAAAAUAAUACUUUUCCCGCUCAUGGGUCUGUGAAUGCUAUUGAUGAUGCACAUGAUGAAAGUAUGAUUCUUGAUGUAGCCAAAAUCAAGAAUCCGCUAAGAAUUUUUCAUGCAAAGUUAGUGGAGGCAGGUUUGUUGAAGAAUUGCCACAAGAGUUGUGAAGAAUGUACUAUUGUUCCUAAAGGAUGUGAAAUAGUCCGAAAUGAUAUUCAAGAAUUGAUUAACCAAUGUAUGUUGCAAGUAAGAAGUCGUAUGAAAAAGGAUGAGGUAAUAGUGAUUAAACCCAUCUUAAAUCUACCUGAGUCAAGUACUACAACACCAAUCUUAAACAUGCCAGAGCCAGUAUUCAAUAUUCCGGAUUCUACUGUUGUUCAACCAAUUUUCAACAUUCCAGAAUCAGUUGAACCAAUAUUCAAUAUUCCUAAGCCAGUGGUUGUCCAAAGGCCUAGUCCUUUUCCUUUUGAGAAUACUAAACCAAUUCAUUGGAAGUAUGAUACGACUGUGGUUAACCAAGGGUCUGAGAAAGUAGGUCAGAAAGAAGGUCUAAAGAUUACAAGCACUGAUAUAGUAGGGGGAAGCAGAAUGACCCGCAGUGGUCACAUUUAUACCCCUCAGUUCAACUUGGCUCCGCCAAUUCCACUGAAAGAAACCACCACCACUGUUACCGACAAAGGAAAAUGGGUGGUCCCAAUUGAUGCAGAUACUGAAUUCCUGAGGUUAAUCAAGAAGAGUGAUUACAAGAUUAUUGAUCAGCUACAUCAAACUCCUUCAAAGAUAUCUAUUCAGUCUCUUCUCAUGAGUUCUCCAACUCAUAGGAGUACCUUACAGAAAUUGUUAGCUCAGGCUCAUGUCACUCACAAAACUACUAUUGAUCAAUUUGAUGGGAUCAUUACCAACAUUACAGCAUGCAACAAUCUCAGCUUUAGCAGAGAAGAUUUACCGAAGGAUGGCCAAAACCAUAACCGUGCUUUGCACAUAUCUAUGAAAUUCCAAGAAGAUACCAUAACAAGAGUCCUUGUGGACACUUGCUCCUCUAUGAAUGUUUUACCUAAGAGGACACUUGCUAAGUUGUCAUAUAAAGGGGAUGAGAUGAGGCCAAGCACAUUAAUUGUCAAGGCAUUUGAUAGAUCGAGGAGGACCGCCAUAGGGGAAGUGGAGCUGCCAAUCUUAAUUGAUCCACAUGUGUUUAAAAUUAAUUUUCAGGUUAUGGAAAUUAAUCCAAAUUAUAGUUGUUUGCUUGGAAGACCGUGGAUUCAUGCCGUUGGGGCAGUGACUUCCACUUUGCGCCAAAAAAUGAAAUUUGUUAUUGAUGAUAAGUUGGUGAUUGUGUCUGGUGAGGAAGAUCUUAUGGUAAGCCACCUCUCUUUGUUCAGUUACAUUGAGGCUGAUAAGGAUGCUUUAGAAACUUAUUUCCAAGCUCUUGAAAUAGCCAAUGUUGUCCUUAUGGAAGUCGAAGAACCAAAGGGGAAGGCUAUUCCAUCUUUUGCAUCAUGGAAGAAAGUAAGAUCAACCAUUGAGGAAGGAAGUCCCUAA